AUGAGCCGCAGUUCGGGCAGCAAGAAAACGCUGUUUGGAAAACUUCCAGCCAAAUCACAAUAUGAUAAGUUGAGAGAUACCAAGUCAGAGGAAUUUACUAGGAAAUUGGGUGAAAUGAAAGACAGCGGAUUUCCAUCAAGGAUUGGGCUUUCAAGUUUGAGUUCAUGUGUUCCAGAAAAAGGACUCAAGUCAAGUUCAGUCACAAGACCAUCACCAUUACAUGCAACUCCCUGCCAAGAGCAACAAUCUCUUGGUUACUCAUCAGCUACGGCCCAGUCCUUGAGACGUAUUAUGAAUGACUUCCAACUAUCCGCUUUGGAUGUUGCACGAGAUGGUGUUGUAACGUAUUAUGAAUUUCCUCGGAGAUCAUAG